AACACUUGGGCGUGUCCCAGUUGGCCCGCGGCGGGUACACCAAUGUGUCGGCGGAUUUACUCGCAAAUUUAGGGUUCAUAGCCUCUGGUCGGCGUCUCUCGUCUCCGCCCCCAUUUCGAUCUCGUUCCCUCCUCCCUCCGAUUGCGCUUGAGUUUCACUGUGGUUUUGGAUUUGGCUUCGGCGUCGUUGCGCGAUCUCUUAGUUUUUGUUGGCGGUGGAAGUGAGCAGGAUGUCGCUGAGGCCGAGCGAGAGGGCGGAGGUUCGCCGUAACAAGUAUAAGGUGGCCGUCGACGCCGAAGAGGGGCGUAGACGGAGGGAGGACAACAUGGUGGAGAUCCGAAAAAACCGGCGGGAAGAGAGCCUGCUGAAGAAGCGACGGGAGGGGAUGCUGUCGCAGCCCCUCCCUCAGGCGGUCCACACGUCCGUGGUUGAGAAAAAGCUGGAAAGCCUUCCAGCGAUGGUGGCGGGCGUAUAUUCUGAUGAUAGUUCCAUGCAAUUAGAAGCAGUCACACAGUUUAGAAAAUUACUUUCUAUAGAAAGAAGCCCUCCGAUUGAGGAGGUGAUACAGUCUGGAGUAGUUCCUCGAUUCAUUGAGUUCCUUAUCCGGGAGGAUUAUCCUCAACUUCAGUUUGAAGCUGCUUGGGCUCUCACCAAUAUUGCAUCUGGAACUUCUGAAAACACUAGGGUUGUCAUUGAUCAUGGUGCAGUUCCAAUAUUUGUUAAACUGCUCAGUUCCCCAAGUGAUGAUGUCCGUGAGCAGGCGGUAUGGGCCUUGGGAAAUGUUGCCGGGGAUUCCCCAAAAUGCAGAGACCUUGUCCUUGCCAAUGGCGCAUUGUUUCCACUCCUUCAACAGCUGAAUGAGCAUGCCAAGCUCUCCAUGCUGAGGAAUGCUACAUGGACUCUUUCUAAUUUUUGCAGAGGGAAGCCUCAACCAGACUUUGAUCAGGUCAAACCUGCUCUUCCUGCCCUUGAGCGUCUAAUUCAUUCAAAUGAUGAGGAAGUACUCACAGAUGCAUGCUGGGCACUCUCUUACUUAUCUGAUGGGACAAAUGACAAAAUACAAGCUGUACUUGAGGCUGGUGUCUGCCCUCGGCUUGUAGAACUACUUAUUCAUCCUUCACCUUCUGUGCUCAUCCCUGCACUUCGCACUGUGGGUAACAUUGUGACAGGAGAUGAUAUGCAGACACAGUUUGUCAUCAAUAACCAAGCACUUCCAUGCCUCCUCAACCUCUUGACUCACAAUCACAAGAAAAGCAUCAAGAAGGAAGCUUGCUGGGCAAUAUCAAACAUCACAGCAGGAAACAAGGAACAAAUACAGGCGGUUAUAGCUGCUGGUAUCAUCAACCCGCUAGUGACUCUAAUGCAAACUGCAGAGUUUGAUAUCAAGAAAGAGGCAGCAUGGGCCAUCUCAAAUGCUACCUCUGGCGGUACACACGAUCAGAUAAAGUUCUUAGUUAGCCAGGGCUGCAUCAAGCCCUUGUGCGAUCUACUUAUCUGCCCAGAUCCAAGAAUCGUCACUGUCUGCUUGGAAGGGCUGGAGAAUAUCUUGAAGGUUGGGGAAGCGGAGAAGAACUUAGGUGCCACUGGCAGUGUCAAUCUGUACGCUCAGAUGAUCGAUGAAGCUGAGGGCUUGGAGAAGAUUGAGAACCUUCAGAGCCAUGAUAAUACUGAAAUCUACGAGAAAUCUGUGAAAAUUCUCGAGACGUACUGGUUGGAGGAGGAAGACGAUGCGAUGCCGGUAGCCGACGCAACUCAGACUGGAUUCCACUUCGGGAACAACGACCAGAAUGCGGCUCCUCCUGGCGGGUUCAACUUCAGCUAAACACUGGUAGGAUCAAUGCUUUUAAUGCUUGAGAACAAUAACCAUGACUGGAAGGAGCUACAUAUCCUACAUUGCAGGCGCCACGAUCCAAAGAUGUUUCCAGUCGAUGUCAUGUGUUCAGGUCAGUUUGGGUCAGUCCAGCCAAGCCAUAGAAGGUAUGCUGGUGCAGGUGAUUGCUACAAGUAGAAGAUGCCAUUUUUAUUUUUCUUUUUUAAAUUUGCCUCGUGUAGAGCAUGAGCUUUGCCUACUUUGUGUUGAAUUAGUUAUUGAUAGGGUCUCCGUUGAAAGGCAUGUCUUAAUAUUUGCGGUCUAUUUCAGUUGAGUUUUGUCAUACAACUCUUUAACUACAAGUGGGAUCUGUUUUAUAUCCUUGA